UGGCCAGCGAGCCCCUCGCCCUGGCUGUGUCCCAGGGCAGCCCCAAGCCAUGGGCUGGGUGUUACUGGGGAGAGACAAAUCCCCCUGCUGCCUCUUCUCCCCCAGCCCCACGUUUCCACCCUGGGCAGUGGGGUGGAGGAGGAGCACCCCUGGGCUCAGAGAUGCUGCCUGGCUCCUUCCCGCAGGCAUGGGAUGUUCCGUGGGGGGUUUGCUGGGACCCUCUGCAGAGCAGCCGUGUCCUGACAAAGCCUGGGGUUUGGUAGCCCCGUCUGCCCUGUGCUCUCCAGUGUGGAAACGGAGGAUUGAUUUGGAUUGAUUUGGAUCCCCUCUUCUCCCCUCUCUGCUGCCAGAGACACAAGGUUCCCUAGAAGAUGGGCGACUGGGGGUUCCUGGAGAAGCUGCUGGACCAAGUCCAGGAGCACUCGACUGUGAUCGGGAAGAUCUGGCUCACCGUGCUCUUCAUCUUCCGCAUCCUCAUCCUGGGCUUGGCCGGGGAGUCCGUCUGGGGGGACGAGCAGUCGGAUUUCGUGUGUAACACCAAGCAGCCGGGCUGCACCAACGUUUGCUACGAUAAAGCCUUCCCCAUCUCCCACAUCCGCUACUGGGUGCUCCAGUUCCUCUUUGUCAGCACCCCGACUCUGAUUUACCUUGGCCACGUUGUCUAUCUCUCUCGGAAGGAGGAGAAGCUGAAGCAACGGGAGAGUGAGCUUCGGGCUAUCCACAGCAAGGACCCCAAGAUCGAGCAGGCCCUGGCAGCUGUGGAGAAGAAGAUGUCCAAGAUCUACGUGACAGAGGACGGGCGGCUCAAGAUCCGCGGGGCGCUGAUGUGGACGUACAUCAUGAGUGUGAUCUGCAAGAGCAUCUUUGAGGCUGGCUUCCUCGUUGGGCAGUGGUACCUGUACGGCUUCUCCAUGGUGCCCCGCUACGUGUGCAAGAGGGACCCCUGCCCCCAUCAGGUGGACUGCUUCAUCUCCCGCCCCACCGAGAAGAGCAUCUUCAUCAUCUUCAUGCUGGUGAUGGGACUGAUCUCCUUAGUCCUGAACCUCCUGGAGCUCUUCCACCUCUGCUGCAAGAACCUGCUCAGCAACAUCAAGAAGGUGUCGGUGCCGACUGGCCCAACCCGGGACACCUUUGCCGACGACAUGGCCUCGGGUCCCUACGCACCCAAGCACUACCCCUUCCUGCCCAUGGCCGAGAGCCACACGCCGCCCUACCAGACCUACAACAAGCUCUCCAGUGAGAACUGGGCCAACUUCCACAACGAGGAGAACCUGGCGCUGGGCAGCGGGAACAGGCCCCUCUCGGACCCCUACGCCCCCAGGACUGCCGAAGCCCCCGCCCCGGAGGAGAAGCUGUGCAGCCGGCCUGGGAGCUCAGCCUCCAAAAAGCAAUAUGUCUAGUGCCGGGCUGGCCCCGGCCGGCCGGGGGGGGACCUUCCUCGGCCCCUCCUGCCCCUGAAGGUGCUGGCCAUGGGCAGUGGCUGCCUCCUCCUGCCCGGUGCUGUGCCUUAUGGAUGCAGAGACCCGCCUGCCCCCGGGAGGUGAUGCUCGGGCGCGGGGCUGAGCGGAGCCUCCGCUCUCUCUCCUGUUUUCCCCACAGGCCCUGCAAGGAAGGAAACUGCAGAAAGUUCCCCGGGACGGCGUGUCCCGCGUGCCUCGCCGUGGGAAAGGGAGAAAUCCCUGGGGCCAUGUAACUGGGAACAGGCUGUCCCCAGGGCUGUGGCGAGAGGCUUCCUGUCCCUUGGGAGCCACGGCUCGGCUGGAUCCCGGGGCUUGUUGGAGCCCCCCCGGGCGUGAGACUGGGCAUGUGGCCGUGGGAAGCCGCUCGCCUCCGCACGGAGCGGGCUGAGCCUGGGGGGGAGCUGGGCUGGGGGGGAGCAGCGCUGUCUGACGGGUCCUGGCCACCAGCCCCGUCCUGUUCCUGUGACCCCGGCAGGGAGCCAGCGGGGCCAGCACCUCCUGCCCUUUGGUUUGCUGCAGGAGCUGCCCCUUCCCCACGGAGCACGGGGGGGAGUCGAGCCACCGGCAGGUCUCUGUGGUGACCGGGUGAUGCCGAUGGCUGCGGGGUCACCGCUCGGGUGCCCCGGGAGUGUGAGCUCCCCCCCUGCCCCGCCUCCCGGCCCUUUCCCAUGUGAUGUGUGUCUCUUAAGUUAUUUUUAACCUGCUGGCCUGAGCACAGAGCUUUCUGCCUUAAAGGUGCCAUUGUGGGGGGAUCUGGGGAGUCGUGUCCAGCCUGGCCAUGCCCCCUUGAGCCCUGUGAUUUUUUUCGGGAAAGAAUUAGCCUCAGAACUGCUGGUUGGGGGGGGGUUAAUGGUUUUACUACUUUGCACUAGUCACCUCCUGCUGUGGGCUGGGGGGACACCAAAGAACCAACCGCUGCUGUGAGAGCGGUUGCCCUGACAUCCCCAGCCCCCCUGUGCUGUGAAAGGGGAAGGUCUUGUUGUGCCUGAGGGGCUGUGGGUCCUGCGUGACCCAGGCACGAGUGUGGGACGCAGACAUUGCUCCUCAAUGCUGUUCCCUUUCCCCCCGGCAGACUCAGUGUUGCAUCUUGUUGAAUAAAGUUGGA